GAUUUCAGAUCACUCCUGUAAGCUCUCACAAAAGAUGUUUAUAAAACACUUGGAACAAUACAGAUUGUACUAAGAAAAUGUGCUUUGAUCAACUCUGGAGAUACAAAGCAGGGAACUUAAUAAAUCAAGUCCUAUUUGUGAAUGGAACGGACUGGAAGUUCACCUUAAAAUCUCUCGAGCAGACCACAUUUAAGAGGCGUCUCAUACCUGCUGCUGCCAGUGGCCGGGACACAAUGGAUCACACAGGGGCACUGGACACCGAGGAUGAGCUGGGACCUUUAGCCCAUCUCGCUCCAAGUCCUCAAAGUGAAGCCGUUGCCCACGAAUUCCAGGAACUCUCCUUGCAGUCCAGCCAGCACCUGCCUCCUCUUAACGAAAGGAAGAAUGUGCUCCAGCUGAGGCUGCAACAAAGGAGGACGAGAGAACAACUAGUGGACCAGGGCAUCAUGCCACCUCUGAAGAGCCCCGCGGCAUUCCAUGAGCAGAUAAAAAGCUUGGAACGAGCCAGAACCGAAAACUUUUUGAAGCACAAGAUUCGGAGUCGACCAGAUCGUUCUGAACUUGUCAGGAUGCACAUUUUAGAAGAAACAUUUGCAGAGCCGUCCUUGCAGGCUACUCAGAUGAAGUUGAAAAGAGCUCGACUAGCUGAUGAUCUGAAUGAAAAGAUUGCUCAAAGACCUGGUCCUAUGGAGCUGGUAGAGAAAAACAUCCUUCCUGUAGACUCCAGUGUUAAGGAAGCAAUUAUAGGAGUUGGGAAAGAGGACUAUCCCCAAACUCAGGGCGAUUUCUCAUUUGACGAAGACAGCAGUGAUGCUUUGUCUCCGGACCAGCCAGCCAGUCAGGAGUCACAGGGGUCAGCCGCGUCCCCAAGUGAGCCAAAAGUUAGUGAAUCGCCAUCUCCUGUGACUACAAACACUCCAGCCCAGUUUACUCCAGUGUCCCCAGCAGUUCCUGAAUUCUUGAAAACUCCUACUGCGGAUCAGCCUCCCCCACGGUCCACAGCACCCGUCCUCCCCCCAAGCACCACGUCCUCAGCGAAGCCCGGGCCAGCACUGGUAAAGCAAAGCCAUCCCAAGAAUCCGAAUGACAAACACCGUAGCAAAAAGUGCAAAGAUCCCAAGCCCCGGGUGAAGAAGCUGAAGUACCACCAGUACAUUCCGCCGGAUCAGAAGGGGGAGAGGAAUGAGCCGCAGAUGGACUCCAACUACGCCCGGCUGCUCCAGCAGCAGCAGCUCUUCCUGCAGCUGCAGAUCCUGAGCCAGCAGCAGCAGCACUACAACUACCAGACCAUCCUGCCCGCGCCGCUCAAGCCACUCAAUGACAAGAACAGCAGCAGUGGGAAUCCAGCUUUGAACACUACCACAUCUAACACACCAAGACAGAAUACACCUGCUCCUGUGAGAAAGCCAGGACCUCUGCCAUCGAGCUUGGAUGACCUAAAGGUAUCAGAGCUGAAGACAGAGCUGAAGUUAAGGGGUCUCCCCGUGUCAGGCACCAAACUGGACCUCAUUGAACGCCUGAAACCCUACCAGGAAGUGAACAGCGGCGGCCCUGCUGCCAGUGGCAUCAUAGCUGUGCCCACACCCGCCGUCGUCCCCAGCAACCCCGAAGUCACGGUGGCCCUGCCUGUGACAACACUACAGAACUCUGUGACCAGCUCAGGCUCCACUUUCAAGGCUGACCUGCCCCCCGCUGGCGGCAGCAGCGCGGCACACGUGGACAGUGGUAGCUCCCCGCUGCCCAUCUCACCCGCGCCUUCCGAACAGUCCAGCCUCAGUGCUGAGGACACGAGCAUGGCCGACACGUUCACCGAGAUCAUGACCAUGAUGUCCCCGUCGCAGUUCCUGUGCUCGUCUCCCCUGCGGGCGACCAGCACCGAGGACAGCCUCAGCCCCACCAGCAGUACGCUGUCCACCCUGGAGCUGGACGCGGCCGAGAAGGACCGCAAGCUCCAGGAGAAGGAGAAGCAGAUCGAGGAGCUGAAGCGGAAACUGGAACAGGAGCAGAAGCUCGUGGAAGUUCUGAAGAUGCAGCUGGAGGUGGAGAAGCGAGGGCAGCAGCAGCAGCGGCCCCUGGAGCCCCCGGCCCCAUCAGUCUCCAAGGCCGACCCGACGCGGGCCACCACCGCUUCCACCACCAAGGACGAGGCCCCACUCCCCGACGGCCCUGGCCCAGUGGCCGGCCAGACCCUUGUUGCCAAAAAGGCUGUAGUCAUCAAGCAAGAGGUGCCUGUGGCCCCGGCCGAGCCACCAAGCCUUGUCCCACAGUUUUAUGUGAGUUCCCAGGGCCAGCCGCCCGCCGGGGUCGCUCAGCCGCAGGCUUUACUGACCACGCAAACUGCACAGCUGCUGCUCCCUGUGUCCAUCCAGGGCUCCGGUGUGACCUCAGUGCAGCUCCCCGUAGGCAGCCUCCAACUCCAGACUCCACCACAAACAGGAAUCCAGACGCAGCCUCAGAUAGCAACUGCCACCUUGUCCUCAGGCCUGGCCCAGGCUGCACCUCAGAAACAAGACGCUUUCCCAGCACACGUGCUCAGUCAGCCUCAGCAAGUCAGAAAGGUUUUCACCAGCUCGGCAUCCAGUACAGUUCUGCCCUAUCAGAGACCACCUGCUCCAGCGGUGCAGCAGCCCUUUAUCAACAAGGCGAACAACAGCAUCCUUCAGCCCCGAAGCACCCCGCUGCCCUCCCUUCAGAACGGCCCCAGCCCUCCCAACAAGCCCGGCUCGCCCCCUCCGCCCCAGCAGUUUGUGGUCCAGCACUCUCUGUUUGGGAGUCCAGUCCCCAAGACGAAAGACCCUCCCCGCUAUGAGGAAGCCAUCAAGCAGACGCGCAGCGCCCAAUCUUCCCUUCCAGAGAUUUCCAAUGCACACAGUCAGCAGAUGGAUGACCUCUUUGACAUCCUCAUUAAAAGCGGAGAGAUUUCCCUUCCUAUAAAAGAAGAACCUUCUCCUAUCUCCAAAAUGAGACCAGUGACAGCUAGCAUCACCACAAUGCCGGUCAGCACGGUGGUGUCCCGGCCACCACCGCAGGUCCAAAUGGCACCACCCAUAUCCUUAGAACCUAUGAGCAGUCUAUCUGCCAGCUUAGAGAACCAACUCGAAGCCUUCCUGGAUGGAACCCUACCUUCAGCUAAUGAAGUCACUCCCCUGCAAAGCGGCAGCGAGGACAGAGAGCCCUUCUCCCUGAUCGAGGACCUCCAGAACGACCUGCUGAGCCACUCGGGCGUGCUGGACCCCUCGCACUCGCCCAUGGAAACGGCCGAGGCCCAGUUUGCUGCAAGCACGCCCUGCCUGUCCCUUGACCUCUCUGACUCAAACUUGGACAACAUGGAGUGGUUGGACAUUACCAUGCCCGGCACGUCAUCAGGACUCACACCGCUCAGCGCCACCACUCCCAGCAUGUUCUCUGCCGACUUCCUAGACCCACAGGACCUGCCGCUGCCGUGGGACUAACAGCACAGAUUUCUCGUCUCAGAGCUCAUGAGGUUUGAAAAAGACGACGAUGUUUCGAAAAGGUCAGAUUUUAGAGACAGAUCCAGAGUUGCAUCAUUGCAAUUAUAAUAUGUUGUCACAGAAAGAUGGGAUGGACGGUCAGAGGCUGGAAACCAAGUUUGAAAACAUUUCAUUGCAUCUAGCAGUGAAUGCCUGUGAUUUAAUAUAGCACAGAGCCUUCUGAAAAAAACACUACUCCAAGAAGACUCAUCUGUUUCUCCAGACUUCAGUAAAGAACGAAAGGUACCUUUAGAUUAAAAAUGCGAAGAAGAGUAAGGUUUGCAGGGUGGCAACACGAGGGCCUCUGGUCAUCAGCUACAGUUAAACCUCUGUGGUCACUUUAAGACCUUAAAUAAAAGGCAGACAGCUCCACUCAAAAAGAAAGGAGGUGAGCGAUCACUGCACAGGGUAUCUCCUAGAAAUGGCCUGAGCCCAGCCCAAGAUGCAGCCAGGGUCUAGGGCAGUGGCCAGCACCAGCCAGUUCAGUGACAGCUUCCCGCUGAAGACUUUUGGUUCCAUUCAGAAACCAAUGUAAUUUUUUUGUCUGUUCUAGUUUAUUUUGUGAUUUGGGGGAAUCUUACUUCAGAUCUCCAGACUUAAAUUGAAAUGGGAGAUCUUUCACCAUAACCAGACAAUGUCUACAAAAUACUGUCGUAAACAAUCCACUCUAAGAAGUCCAGGUGUAUUGAUAACACUGAAAAGUCUAUUAGCAGCCCUCCGGGUUGAUUACAUUGAUUUUAAUGUGUAUAUUAGACACUUGUAUGUAUACUCUGACAUUGUGAUUUGUACAGCCUACGUUGGAGUGAGGAAUUGGAUACCCAGUGGUCCUACUUGUUUUAAUAACUCGAAUAUUUCUAGAGUACUUGAGCCACAUGUAUUUCCAUAUUUAAGGAAUUGCUAACUUUCAGGUAACCAGGCCCAUCUCAAAGAACCAAGAAAAGGCUUUGGCAUGAAAUAUCUUUCUGAGCUGGUGAGCUGCCAAGAGAAGGCAAGGCAGCAGUCUGUCAUCCCCCUAGGACAUUCCCAGAACGGUUACGGGGACGCGGUGUCGCCAGGUCGGCCGGCAGACCCAGCCCUGGCCGUCCUCUUCUCUGUCACUGAUCCCUGGUUACCGUUUCCAAGGCUUGUAACUGGAUGUCAUACCUGAGCUCUCACUGUAUCAUCAAGCUGAAGGUUGAGAAACUGGAGGUUUUAUUAGUAGUUUUUUUAUAUUGAAAAAGUCAUAUUUGUUGAGUAGGAUAGUUUGUUUUCUAAAAUGCCAACUAUCACAGGAUUUCCAAAAUUAUUUCAGUCAAUUGCUAGUCAUUUAAGUAUAUGACAAAAUAUAAAAUAACUGAAAAAAAAAAAACCCCACCUGAAACCUACUUAAAAGUGUGGAGACUUUUACUAAAUAAGAGCAUUGUGCUCUCACCUCACCUUGGGUAAACCCUACAGUCAGGUUUUCUGUGGGUCAGUAAAUGGUGAAUGUUCCCACAGUGACGGGCAGCCUGACCCAUUACUUGGAAAGAGUCUGUAAAUCAUUUCUAGGUCUUGUGUUUUGCCUAAGAACUGAUCUUACUUUAUAUUUUUAUUUCAGUUUGUGGAUUUUACUCUGUAAGAAAAGUCCAUUUUCCAGUGUUCAGUUGCCCAGCACCCUGGAGCCCUCAGUUGAAAGCCCUCCCAACUGGAAAGUGCUUCUGGAUGGUUCGGGCAGAGGCGGUCAGGCACGGUGUGGUCUGUAGUAGGUCUUUCCAGUGCCUAGAGAUUGGUCAUCCAACAAGUGGGAAAUUGUAACCAUCGACCAGAGCGCCACCUUCUGACCGAGCCCAGCGGGACGGUCAGCAUCCUGGGCGUGAGUAGGUUCCUCAGAGGGCCCGUCUCCAGGGCCGGGGCUACUGACUUGGGAAUGUGCUUUUCUUAGGGGAGGUCUGGGCCCUCAGCUUUUGUCCAGGGCUUGUCUGGCCCACACUUAGACUCUGAGCAUCAUAUUCAUUCAGACUGAAAUAUGUUACUAAAUUAGCAGCAGGUAUCAGUGGGCCUGUAGGAGGCAACUAAACAGCUGGUGGUAUUGGCUCUUGUUGACUUGACUUUGUAUCUCCGUCAUCCUGCACUGAGUAUGUAGAUUGUUCUUUAGCCCUCAGCUCCCCUUAUUGCUAAGAUAGGUUUGAAACACGCCACAGGAAGGCUGCUCUCCAAAGACACACACUGCACUGAAUGCCAUCUUAUAUAUAGCCUGCUCUCUCUUGAUGAUGAAUCGCUGAAGUGCCCACUUCACCUUCACGCAGCAGCAUCUCCCCUGAAGGCAGCAAGGAGUGUCCAGUUACUGACGCUCGCGGCUGCCGCCUGCCCUCCCCUCCUGGCGUGUGUGUAGUUGGGGGGAGGCGGUGGUGCUGUUGUGUACCAGCCUGCAAAGUACCAUACUGCCCAGCAGACAGCCGCCUUCUAGAAACACUAUCUCACAUCCAGUCUUAUUUCCUAAAUAUUCCUGAAACACCGUAGUAUCAAGCUUACCUUGCUAGUGUAUAUAGGUGCCAGGUCACGUCAUUAAGGAUGGGAGGAACAGAAAGUUACGCCGAAGAUGCUGUGGAGCCUUGGCGAGUCCAGGCAUGUGUGGUCAUCUUGUACAUUUCAGCAAAGCAUGUACUAGAAAAUUAGAGGACACUGUGUGCUUCAUAUCCCAGUGCUUUUCCUGAAAUGUGCAAUCUACUGUAUAGUAUCUGCCACAUAUUUGCACACAGAUGCAGUCUGAGUUCAUGCACCUUCAUGCUCAGAUACUGUUUGUUUGUGUUUUAUAUGAAUGUUUUUAUGGCACUAAAGAGAUCUUAUUUAAAUCUCCAUUUUACAAACUUCAUGGUUCUGUGAUUCAUGGACGUGCAGUCUCAGAAUCGUGGUGAAGGCAACAUGGUGUGGUCCCCCCAGUUGCCGCCCAUAGAGACGCCGUCAUGAGCUGUGAGGUCAGUGGACGCCGAGUGACAACCGAUGAGGAGUGUGUCAUGUCACCUAUUUGGUCACCAAAGCUGACUCGGGCUUCCUCCACCCCAGGUCAUUCUAGCCAUACAAGCUGUCUCCAGAGUCCCUUUCAGGAUCCCGGGCUGAACCUGGCCACCACAGCUGGCAAAAGAGCUGUCCCACCAGGGCCGGACCACCUAGUUACUGUCCAGAAACAGCCUUUGGCUGGGUUCGCACCCCUCACUCACACACGUGUCUGGGCGCGUCCGGCGGCCCCGCCAGGAGUCAGGUGGAGGGUGUGCAGCGGCAGCGGGGGCCGCUUCGAGAGCUUCCCAGAGACCGGCUGUCAGCAUCCCUCAGCAGAGCCCCCGGGGCCGCGCAGCUCCACAAGCACUGCCCCGCAGGUCACCAGCCGUCACUGCAGACGUCAGUCCUGACCGCCGGCACCAGAGCAGGGCACCAGGCAACGUGACCCCAGCCUGGAGGCCGCACAGUCAGCCCACACUCUCAGAGAACACUAACUGGAAGGUCAGGGCCGCCAGGAAACGGCUCACACGUGUGGACGUGUGUAUCUGGAGAGCAGCCUCACUGCGUUUUCGCUCAUCUUGUACGUGGUUUCGGUCAAAACUGGAAAAUGACAACUAAGAUGUUGUCAUUCUUUUUCUUGGUUCAAACCUUUGAUAACUUGCUCCUUCAGUGAUCUUUCUGGGCUACGUUUUUAUUUGUGAAGUGACUGCAUGGCAAUAAGCAGGUCUCCGUCUGUCCCCAUUCGCCCUUUCUUGCAGUAUUUGAGGAAAUGCAUCAUUACAAAGGGUCUCUACCUGAACUCUCAGAUUCGAGGCCUGUAAUUCAAAAAGCUGCACAUGUUUACAAACGAGCUCUUCCCCUCCACGCAAACACGUUGCUCUGUAAAUCACAUCAGAAAAUGUCACGACCCUGUGGUAGCAGGGUGGCAAUCUCAGAUCUGCAGGGUGCUGUCUGGAAUCAAGUACAUCAUGUCAUUGGCGAUCUCGACGCAGUUGUCAUGUUGUUUUAACAGAGCUCUGUGCCAACCACUAGGACAAAGCUUUAACCAAGUUCUAGAAUCACCGGGACUCGUAACGAUUACCUCUCCACAUCAUGCUGUAAGGACACUUGCUGACUUAGGAGGAGGAAGUAUUUAGGAAAGGGUUUAGUUGCUACCAAAAGUACUUAAUCUCGAGUAACUACUAGUAAUGCAAACUUGCUUUAAAGGAACCAAAGGCAUUGCCAAGUAUUUGCCAAAAGAAGGCACUUUUUAUUUAAAAUUUGAGACUAAUGAGCUCUCAAAAAUCAGUCCCAAAAAGGUAUUAUCCAUUUAAGGUUAUAAUUUUCACAAAGAUGUAGAUAUUCCUCUAUUGUUUUCAUGUAAAAUAGUAUAGAUUUGUUUUGUUGGGUUAAGAAUAAUACAUAUUUAGCAGUAAUACAGAGUUUUUUCCUUUCUACAUACAAAUUCGUUCUCUUGUUUUCUUGCUUGCAAUAGAAAUGCAAUGAGAUAGGUGUUUCUCUUCUUAUUUUCAUUGUCACAUUAUGUCUUAGCAUCUCACUCUAUGAAAAAAAAGGAGAAAGAUACCAAUCUACAGAGCCCUGCUUAUCAAAGCACUAGUUGAAUAAACAAAAAAUGAUGGCAAUCGGGGGUCCAUUCAUGUAUUGCCUUUAUGUUGUUUUUUAAAUGAAAAACCAUGAUGCCUUUGUAUUUGCUGUUUGCACCCCUGAAAUCAAUUCCAUAUCAUGUUUGAAUGCCAUACAUUUUGCACAUGUACUGUACAUAGGUAAUGCAUACUGUAUUUUUAUAUGUGUGCACAUUUAUCAUCUGAUCUUUUGUACAUAGUGGCCGUAUUGUAGCUGAUCGGGAAAUGUUUGAUAUCUCAGCAAUUUUGCAUUUUUGUGUCUCAAAUAAAGAAAAAACAUUUUGAUGUA